AUGGAAGCUCCCGGUUCCGACCAGCCAUGUCCCUCCGAGGCCUCCAGUAUCUCCGCUGCUUCGCACGAAGGCAGAGAUGAGGAGAUGAAGACGAAAAUGAUGAUGAAAGAGAAAAACCAUGUUGAAGGGUCCGAUAAAUCAAAAUCGCACCUUUUGCUUGAUCUCAAGCUCUCAAACAACAAUGGUGACGAUGAUGAGGACGAUACGAGAGAUCAUGGGUCGAAGCCAGAAGUCGAUAUUUUCAACAGCUCGAAUGGGGGUUCUUCCCAAGUAUGUGAGUCGUCAAAAAUUAGGAUUUUCUCGUGCAACUACUGCAAGAGAGAGUUUUCGACUUCUCAGGCUUUGGGAGGGCACCAAAAUGCCCACAAACAAGAGCGUGCACUUGCAAAAAGGCGACACAAUAGUAUGGAUGUAGGACCUUAUGGAUUUGGGCAUCCACCACCGUAUCCUUAUUAUUCUCCUUAUUCAUCUUAUCCUUUUCAAAUCCCGUCUUCCUUUAACAGAUCUCCACUCGGGAUUAGAAUGGACUCCAUGAUACACAAACCCUCCUCUCCCUCUUUUCCAUGGACCUCGUCGUCGCCCCCAGGGUACCGGUAUUUAGGACACGACGGGUGGCCACCUAGGCCAUCAACCUCGUUUGUGGUGAACCCACAAUCACAAUCGUCGACCUUUGAUCGGCUAAGAAUGAUGGAAGGGUUUCAGGCACAUAAUAAUAUUGGUGGGUUUGGUGGUGGUGGUGCUGCUGCUGUUGGGUCAUCCACUUCUAGGUUUCACAACUUUGGAGGUGGUGAUGGUUCUUCAGCAGCAAGUACUGCAAUCACAACUACUGAUCAUGGUGAGAAGAAUCUUUGGAACCGACUCGGAUUUUCGGAAAGUAAUCCUCCGGAUGAUGAUCCUGAUCUUGAUUUGAAUCUCAAACUUUGA